AUGCCAAAGACACCUGUAGACGCAUACGAUGGACUGGUCGGAGGUAGACUGGGACGAAACUUCGCUGUUCUCAAGAUGCCGAAUACCGACAAUGAUUUCACACGCAGCUACUCACACAGCUCUAUUGUCACUGUCCCUAAAAGAGACCAACGAUCAUCGGCCGUCCCGUCAUGGCUCUGUGAUACGCUCUCGACACUUGACCCGCGGCAUCCUUUGCGUGUCCUUUUGCCUCCAGCUCCCGAAAAUGCAACACCAAACCAAGAGGCUCUCGGACUGCAAUCCGUACUAAAGUCGACAACUGUAGUGUCAUUACCGUCGUCAGACGCUAUUGUGGCUGAGGAGCCUGUAUUUGCGUUUUAUCCGCAACAAGAACCAUCAGAAGCAUCCCCCCAGGCGAAAGACACGUCGCUUGUAUGCGCGUCUUCUAUGUCGCACAAACGUACAGGGCCAUGUAUUGAUACAGGAUUGCAAGACCCAGGUUGUCUACCACGACCGGCCUUUAUGGGCUCGGACGACACUGGAGCUGGAAAUACGGCCCCGACGAUAUCGAGGAUUGAAUUAAAUGAUACCUCCCUAGUCUUAUCGUCAGAUCUCUCUGAGAUGCCUCACUCUGGAUUUUUGCCAUUCUCAACGCCAGGCCCGGCUUCUUCACUAUGUGCUGCUCCACCCCUGAGAGCUGUCAGCUGUGGUCUUUCCUCUUCACAAGUAUCCUCCUUUGCUGUGGACUAUAUGCCCCAUUCUUCCCAGAAUGGUACCGAAGGAGAGUUUAUUCCGUUCUUGACCGCUGGUUCCACGAUGCCGAAUGUUGUGCGAUUAACUAAUGCAACUACAAUGCAUUCUCCUGCUGUGGCCAAUCUUGGUGCUCCAUAUACCACAAAUGUAUCACAAGUUCCCUCUCAUGGUACUAAUGCAAAUACAUUUCAUAUCGCACCCGGAUUGUCAAUUUCUCCAAGAUCAGAGCCUCUUCCAAGUGUUGCUCAUGACUCGCGGUCUCCAUGCGUAUUAUUUGAUGAGCUCUUCGCUUCAUCAUCGCCGAUCGGUUUGAAUACUACCAAGAAAUGUGACGACCUUACGACGGCAUAUCAUCAGUGUCACUCGCUUUCUGCUGUGCUUUUCGCAGAUCAAUUGCCUCUGCCCUUCUCUGUGCCAGGACCUCUCUACAAGGGGCACUCGCGACGAGGAAACACCAGAGUAUACUUUGAUUCUCCAGUCGAAGACCCCUGCAUAUUCGAUCCCGCCGAGGAGGAUGAUAACGUGCUUCAUUUGAACUAUGAUCAUACUGUAGACCUAUAUGAUCCGAAAGAACUUGACUUCACAUGGGAGCCAUUUGACUGCGGCGGGACUAACGGCAUGACGAUGACAAGGUCUCGAGCUGACGUUGGAUUCGACAUAGCUAUUCCGCGUACUCCAAUUAUCAAGGACGAUGCACCCAACUCGUCCUCUAUUCUCCCACUCUCUCCCGCCAACGACGCCGACGAAGUGGACAAGAAUAAUGUUACUUGGAUACUACCUGACCGUGUCCCUACGCAUCUGGCGGGGGAAUAUGACUUACUUUCGCGAGCAUCUGGAUAUUCGUCUGGGCAGUCGUCUGAUGAGGAACGGACGCCAUUAUCAUCGCAAGGGAAAUCGUUCGCUCCUGGUCCUGGAAUUUAUUUGUCUCCCCUGAAGGGGGAUUCCUCCUCGCAAGAGGACACAGAUCGUCAUGAUGUAGCAGAGUCUUGCAUACGCAGCUGCAAGAAUGGUACCGCUGUCAUUCUUGAGGAAACCUGGGAGGUCGCUCAAGUGAGGAUUGAACAAGGUCCGAUGGAAUUGCCAGUUAUGGCCGCACAAACAGAAGGCAAUAAUGAAGGCUUCUCUGGCUCUCCUCCGUCUGAACAAUCAAUUUCAAGUUGGAUGCCUAUCCGUAUGCAUUCUCGAACUGAAGGUGCGCCGAGCACGCCGCAGCGCAUCGCUAAUUUCUGCGAGGGUCAGGGUGUUGAACCGCCCAAUGGUCAUAAAGAAAGUUUCUCUAUGUCUAUGUCGACGAGUGAAGACAUCGUAGAUGACGCACCGGACGAGAUCCAAGACGUUUCCUUACCUCAGACUCAAGAGUCUCAUGACAGUAUAGAGUCAUGGACGGAAGCAGAGGUAAAGAGGGAGGACCCAUGA